GCUAAUUGCUUUAAUAUUAACAACUUUAAAAAUGAGUUGAUAAUUAUAUUAAUUGCUUUCAUUUAGAAAACUAGAAAUUCAACGACGAUUAAUCGUAUAUAUACGAGGGGCGAAGUUUUUGCUGCGUCAUGUACUAUUUUGAAUUUGACGACCAUUACCUGCAUUUUCCAAAACUCUGCAUGGUCUUCAUUCGGCUCCGCCUGCUAACAGUGCUAUUUGGGUGCCUAACUUAGAAGAUUCCAGGUCAACAUUAGUCAACGUUUUCUUACAAAAAUCAAUUGACGAGCAAAUUUACACAUUCCUAGCAAGAUGAGGUUUUCCAUCAUCAAGCAAAACCGGUUCCGCAUCCUUAUCUGCGAGGGUUACCGCUACUCCCGCUACAUGGUGGUCUAUAACAAGGAGUACUGGCGCUGCACAGAUCGGACCUGCAAGGGCAAAUUGCACCUGAGUGGAGGACGCAUCGUCUACGUCAAGCGCAAUGGCCACAACCACGGACCAGACCAUAAGGGCAUCUCGGCUGAGCAGGCUCUAUUCAUCAUGCGCAAGCGUGCCUACAAUGAGGAUACCCCCUUCCAGCAGAUCUACCAGGACACAGUGCAAGAGAUGGAGGAUGCUGGACAUGGCCCAAUGAAGGAACUGCUGCCAUAUGCCGACUGCCGUUGGCAGGUGCUAAACCAGGGGCAAGAGAUAAAUGAUGAUGCUGCAGUGCAGAAGACAAGCAAUGGUGCUAGGUGCUCUGCACACACCGGGAAAGAGGCUGUGUCAGUAAACAGAGACCAUUACACCGAGUUACAUGUGGAGAGCAACAGCAGAGAUGCUGGGGACAAGAUGCCAAGGGGAAUCGUCACAGAUGGGCCAAAACCAGAGAUUUGUGAACUGGAAGUAGUUGACUGCACUGACCAAACAGCUGAAUCAUUCUCUGUAACCAUAGCAACAGACUCUUUCAAUACAAUGCUGCCCGCAUCACACUUGUCUACACAAGCUAGAAAUGGGAGAGCCCCUCCAAGUCAUUCACCUGUGCAAAGUGAAUCACAUAGACCAGGAGCAACCAGCGCAACUUCAGGGGGUGUCCAACAUGGGAGCAGUACACCAGGUUUAAAAAUUCACAGCGCAUACUCGCUUCAGACCGUGACAGUUCCAACAAGUUCAAGUUCAAGCAUGGAUAAGCCAGAUGAAUUGCCAGUAGUUGAGGAUAAUCCUGUUGCCUAUAUUGAUGUUAACCAGCAUGCAACUGACAAUGUUUUCGAAGCACUUUCUCAGGGAGGCAGACAGAGUACCGUAAGUCGGACCAAAACAGCAUAUGCGAAUACUGUGCUGUCCUCUGGUAGAGCUGUACAAGUCGGUUCUGAUGUACCGGUAUUUGUGUCGCAACGUACCAAACCUAACCCCCAUGCUGCAUUGUCGAACCAGGGAAACCGUUUUUCAAGACAGGGAGGGGGCAACUUUAGGAAUACCCAGUCUCGUGCAACCACUGCAUGCAUGGACAGACUCUCAGGGCUUCCAGACCAGUCGGGCUUAACUCCAACAUUCUCUGACCUGACCGCACAUCCACCAGGGCAAGGAGAUCCACAGGGCCAGUCCUAUGUGCAACUGCAGAUGCGUCUUGUGAAGAAGGAACACAGGCUGCGACUUCAGUACAUGAAGGAACGCCACGAUGCUGACAUGACACUAGUGCAUUUGCAGCAGGAACUAGUGCGGGAACAACUGCGAGAGAUGCACCAACCACGGGGUGGUUUGAGCAGCUAACAAUAGGAGCAGCAUUUAAUACUUAGUCAUAUCAGUUUGGCUUAUUUCUUCUUUAAGGUGCUUUCCUCUUAACAUGUCCUGUUCACCCAUUCCCAUAAUUCUCACCAAUGGCCCCAACCACAAAGCAAUGUGGACAGGUUACUCUCAUGAUCAAUGCAUGUGCAUCCUGUGUCCAUAUGGAAUUAUGGACCCCAGUCUCAAUGAGCUAACAGGAUUGGUUGGCCGGUUUGAAUCUGAUGUACAUAGCAGCGGGUACCGCAUAACUAUUCGUAAGAUGGAUCUUUAACUUUUUUCUUUUUUUUGGCACU